UCACAGCCUCUAAGAAAUGAAGUGAUGAGUUCAAUCUGAUGCGCUAAUGAAUUUAGCAAACAACUGAACAAAUUCCCACAGGACAACACAAACAGAUACUCAACGGACAGUUGAGUAUCAGAACAACUGUUCCUGUCAACACUUUUACUUCUUUGUUUUGACUAAUGUUGCAGUAUGACAUAAUUACAAUCAUAGUAUCGUCUGAGAUGUUUUGUCCUGCAUGCACAUGGAAGGAAAUGGUGAAGUGGGAGCAUGGAUUGAUCCGAACUGUAGACUGAUCUCCAGUAUCGCUCAUCUAAUUACUAGAGAGGAACUACACAUUCACUGGUGACCUGAACGAAAGCGUCAGUCAGAGUGACACCUCUUUAUUGUGCGCUUCUUUGGCACGCGAGGAAGUUUUCCAGCUGCCUGACCGGGGCUCGCCACUACGUCACGCCAACGCUCGCCAAUGAUUGGCUGAUUCUUGUGCAACCGUGCACUUGUAUAAAACUCUGUUGGAGUUGGAAGAAGAGGAAAGAGGCCGGGAGGUGCCUUGUCGGACUGCAGGUUCUCCUCAAGAUGCAGAGCUGCGCCAAGUCAUGGGGGGUCUUCCUGGCCAUGUCGGUGAAACCCGGCCGCAGGAGCCUCAAUGACAAGACCCGCAUGAUUUGGAAACUCUGGCGACCGAGCGGAGUUGCAUCUCGGGGGCUCCACAGCACCGCGUGGGUCUGCUCCAGGCAAAUCGAGAGAAUCCUACCGAGGCACGAUGACUUCGCUGAGCGGCACAUCGGUCCAGGGGAGAGGGAGAAGAGAGAAAUGCUGGACGUCCUCGGAGUCGAGUCGGUUGAUCAGUUGAUCGAAAACACAGUGCCGCCAUCCAUCAGGAUGCAGCGCGCCAUGAAAAUGGAUGACCCAGUCUGUGAAAAUGAGAUUCUUGAGUCUCUGCAGAAGAUUGCGUCCAAGAACAAAGUGUGGCGCUCGUACAUUGGCAUGGGCUACUACAACUGCUCAGUCCCACCACCGAUCCAGAGGAAUCUUUUGGAAAACUCUGGCUGGGUGACCCAGUAUACUCCCUAUCAGCCUGAGGUUUCCCAGGGUCGCUUGGAGUCUUUGCUGAACUACCAGACGAUGAUCUGUGACAUCACAGGGUUACCUGUGGCCAACGCCUCACUGCUAGAUGAGGCCACAGCUGCUGCUGAAGCCAUGCAGCUCUGCCACAGACAAAACAAGAGGAGAACCUUCUAUAUUGACCCUCGCUGCCAUCCGCAGACCAUUGCUGUGGUCCAGACCAGAGCAAACUACAUCGGUGUGAAAACGAUGCUGAAGUUGCCACAUGAGAUGGACUUCAGUGGGAAAGAUGUGAGUGGGGUUCUCUUCCAGUACCCUGACACCGAUGGCCGAGUGGAAGACUUCACUGCACUUGUGGACCAUGCUCACAAGGCUGGGGCGCUGGCCUGCUGUGCCACUGAUUUGCUGGCUCUGUGUAUCCUGCGUCCUCCCGGAGAGUUCGGCGUUGACAUCGCGUUGGGAAGCGCCCAGAGGUUUGGUGUGCCUCUAUGCUACGGUGGACCUCACGCUGCAUUUUUUGCUGUCAGGGACAACCUGGUCCGAAUGCUCCCUGGCAGGAUGGUGGGGGUCACAAGAGAUGCGGCUGGUAAAGAAGUGUACCGCCUCGCUCUGCAGACCAGAGAGCAGCACAUUCGCAGAGACAAGGCAACUAGUAACAUCUGCACCGCACAGGCUCUGCUGGCCAACAUGGCUGCGAUGUACACCUUAUAUCAUGGCCCGCAGGGCCUGAAACACAUCGCGGAACGGACACACAGUGCUACUCUGAUCCUGGCUGAAGGACUGAAGAGAGCUGGCCACAGGCUGCACAACGAUAUGUUCUUUGACACAUUGAAGGUCAACUGUGGCAUCAUGGCCAAGGACAUCCUGGAGAGAGCUGUACAGAGAGAGAUCAACCUGAGGGUCUUCUCUGAGGGUGUGUUGGGUGUCUCUCUGGAUGAGACGGUGACAGAGAGAGACCUGGACGACUUGCUGUGGGUGUUUGGCUGCGAGUCGUCAGCUGAGCUGAUUGCUGAGAAGAUGGGUGAGAGGAUGAAGGGCAUCAUGGGAACUCCCUUUAAGAGGACGAGCAAGUACUUGACACACCAGGUCUUCCACAGUUAUCACUCAGAGACCAACAUUGUACGCUACAUGAAGCGCCUUGAGAACAAGGACAUCUCAUUGGUUCAUAGCAUGAUCCCUCUGGGAUCCUGCACCAUGAAGCUGAACAGCUCCUCAGAGCUUAUGCCAAUCACAUGGAAGGAAUUUGCAAACAUCCACCCGUUUGUGCCUCUAGAUCAGGCAGAGGGCUACCAGAAACUCUUCAGACAGCUGGAGAAAGAUCUGUGUGAAGUAACAGGCUAUGACAAGAUCUCCUUCCAACCCAACAGCGGCGCUCAGGGAGAAUAUGCUGGCCUGGCAGCCAUCAAAGCUUACCUGAACUCAAUGGGGCAAAGUGCCAGAAGUGUGUGUCUGAUUCCCAAAUCUGCUCACGGCACAAACCCAGCCAGCGCUCAGAUGGCAGGAAUGAAGGUGCAGGUGGUGGAGGUAGACAAAGAUGGCAACAUUGACAUGGCACAUCUAAAAUCCCUGGUGGACAAGCACAAGGCUAGUCUUGCUGCAAUGAUGAUCACAUAUCCUUCCACGUUUGGCGUGUUUGAGGAGCAGAUUGGAGACGUUUGUGAGUUAAUUCAUCAAAAUGGCGGUCAAGUGUACCUGGAUGGCGCCAACAUGAACGCUCAGGUCGGUUUGUGUCGACCCGGUGAUUAUGGCUCAGAUGUUUCCCACCUCAACCUUCACAAGACCUUCUGUAUCCCUCACGGUGGCGGAGGACCCGGCAUGGGCCCCAUCGGAGUUAAGCAGCACUUGGCUCCAUUCCUGCCAAGCCACCCGGUGGUCUCCAUGCAGUCAGUCAACUGCAGCAGCUCGCUCGGAACCAUCAGUGCCGCGCCAUGGGGCUCCAGCGCCAUCUUGCCUAUCUCGUGGGCCUACAUCAAGAUGAUGGGGUCAAAAGGUCUGACACAUUCUACAGAGGUGGCCAUUUUGAAUGCCAACUAUAUGGCCAAAAGGCUCGAAAGUCACUUCAAGAUACUCUACAGAGGCAGGAAAGGUUUUGUUGCUCAUGAGUUCAUUGUAGACCUGCGUCCGUUCAAGAAGACAGCAAACAUUGAGGCGGUUGAUGUGGCCAAGAGGCUGCAGGAUUACGGCUUCCAUGCACCCACCAUGUCAUGGCCGGUGGCUGGAACUUUGAUGAUCGAGCCCACAGAGUCAGAGGACAAAGCUGAACUUGAUCGGUUUUGUGAUGCCUUACUGGGCAUACGGCAGGAGAUAGCCGACAUUGAGGAGGGACGGAUGGACUCUCGUACCAACCCACUCAAAAUGGCCCCACACUCUUUGGCCUGCAUUUCUUCCUCAACUUGGGACAGACCAUACUCCAGAGAGUUCGCUGCCUUCCCGUUGCCCUUCAUCCGCCCCGAGACCAAAUUCUGGCCAUCCAUUUCCAGAAUAGACGACAUCUACGGCGACCAGCACUUGGUGUGCACUUGCCCGCCCAUGGACGUGUAUGAGUCCCCUUAUGAGGAGAAAAGGGCUUCAUCAUGAAUGGCAAGAGGACAACGUAAGAGAUUCUUAACUUAUUUCAGAUCUAGUCCCCUCAUGAAGCAAAAUUAUAUUCUGCUGUAUCGCUUGGCAUUUAUCGGCAUAAAAGAACAUGCCAGCUGAUUGGAAUUGAAAGUGGGAAUUGAAUAUGACGUUUGCAAAACCUUUAACCUCUCGUUUCUCAUCUCUCUCAAUGGACCAAAGGUGCAUCCCAAAUUAAAAUGCAUCCAGCUCAAAGUAAAUCUGCCCUCAGUGCCUUUUGACUGUUGAAUCAAACUGCCAAAAUGUGGAUUAUUCAUAACCUUUUUUUUUUUUUUACAUGUGCAUGGUUUUAAAUGUGUCAUAGUUGAGGCUGUGAUUUUACGUGUUUCUAAUCUGUUGUCUGUAGGAACUAAAUUUGAAAUGUCUUAAAAAAAAAGUUUGGUUGGCGUGAUGACGGUGAAAAUAAAAUGCCAAAAUGUGAAAUGUCUCUUUCCAUUAAAAUAGACGUGAAUAAAA